UACAAAUGUUGCACAUGAGCAUUGGGGGGAGGUUGACUGUGUUGCGAUUAACACGCUCCCUCAGCUGGGUGUUCAUUUCAAUCUGCAGUACGAUAUCCUCAAGUCUGAACCCUUGGAUGGGGGUCACUUGCCAGAGGAGGAUUUUUUUCUGCCUCUCUGUUUUUUAUACUUCCUUCUUGGGCAGAAGGCUGGUGUAAUAGAAACCAGACACAAGCCAGAAUGUGAGGCAUUCACAGCGGCGAGACCUCACUGCUUCAUAGAGUGGGAAAACGGAAUAAAUAGAAAGUCCAGUCUGAUAAGUUCCAUUAUUGUUUUUUCAUUUUUGCCAUUCUGGAAGUUAUUAAUAAGACGGAAAAGGCCAGGACAUUAGGAUGGAAGUGGAAUUCAAUGGAUCAGACUGUGCAGGGAAUAUCUAGAGAGGGCACAGGAGACCUUCAGGAUGGGAAAUGCAUAUACAACUUUUCCAGAUUCUAGUUGAAAAGCUUGUUAGAGCAACAUGAGCUGGAGCUUUCUCACUCGUCUCCUGGAAGAGAUCCACAACCACUCCACCUUUGUGGGGAAAGUGUGGCUGACUGUGCUCAUCAUCUUCCGCAUUGUGCUCACAGCGGUUGGAGGCGAGUCCAUCUACUCGGACGAGCAGACCAAGUUCACCUGCAACACCAAGCAGCCGGGUUGUGACAACGUAUGCUACGAUGCCUUUGCCCCGCUCUCGCACGUCCGCUUCUGGGUUUUCCAGAUCAUCAUGAUCUCCACUCCUUCUAUUAUGUACAUGGGUUACGCCAUCCACAAGAUAGCCCGAAGUACAGAGUUGGAUCGCAGGAAGCAACUCAGGCUCCGCAAAAAGCCUUCUCCUCACUCCAGAUGGAGAGAAAGCCACCAUCUAGAGGAUGUCUUAGAAGAGGAUGAAGAUGAUGAUGCUGAGCCCAUGAUCUAUGAGGAUACACUGGAAGUGCAGGAGGCCAAGCCCGUGCCAGUCAGCAGCACUAGCAAAGACCCACCAAAACAUGAUGGCCGCCGAAGAAUUAUGCAAGAAGGCCUAAUGAGAAUCUAUGUUCUUCAGCUCAUGUCGAGAGCUAUUUUUGAAAUUGCGUUCCUUGCAGGACAAUAUCUCCUCUAUGGUUUUCACGUUAGUCCUUCAUAUGUAUGUAACAGGGUCCCCUGUCCACACCGAGUGGACUGUUUUAUCUCCAGACCCACAGAGAAAACAAUCUUCCUCCUCAUCAUGUAUGUGGUAAGCUGUCUUUGUCUAGUGCUAAAUGUGUGUGAGAUGCUUCACUUGGGAAUUGGCACUUUUCGGGACACCCUUCGCAUGAAGAGGAACGGCCGCCGGACAUCCUACGGCUACCCGUUUUCUCGAAACAUCCCAGCCUCUCCUCCAGGGUACAACCUUGUGAUGAAGACAGACAAACCUAGCAGGAUCCCCAACAGCCUCAUCACCCAUGAGCAGAACAUGGCCAAUGUGGCCCAGGAGCAGCAGUGCACCAGCCCAGAUGAGAACAUCCCUUCUGAUUUGGUAAGCCUACACCGGCACCUACGGGUUGCCCAAGAACAGCUCGAUAUGGCCUUUCAAACAUAUCAAACCAAAAACACCCAGCAAACCUCCAGAACCAGCAGUCCUGUAUCUGGGGGUACAAUGGCAGAGCAAAAUCGCGUCAAUACAGUCCAGGAGAAACAAGGAGCGAGGCCGAAAUCCGCCACAGAGAAGGCAGCAACCAUUAUUAAAAAUGGAAAGACCUCUGUCUGGAUCUAGAGAUAAAUAUAAUUUAGUAAAUUAACAGUAAAAACUGAUGUCUCCAGAACUCCAUUGUGACACAGCUGGAGGAAGUGUGCUUGUGCGUGUGAGUGAGAGAUGCGACUUUGGACAAUAACAAUUGACAAUUUCAAUCAAUCUAGCUGAAGAAGUACGGUACAAAGUUUUCAGAAAUUUUAAAAAAAGACACACAAGGAAAAUAUCAAAUCCAGUACAUCAAGAAUCUUCUUUGUUACUGUAGUGCAUUUUGUGCUUGCCAUAUCUUCUGGACAUGGUUAACAUGUGCUUAUUUAGUUUAACAUCUCUAAAAUGUCAAAGUAUAAACAUACUGCUUCAAGCUAUUUAUCUGAUCUACCCUUGACUGCCGCUAAACUGAAUUAAUCU